UUUAAAGAAAAAAGUGAUAUAAUAAUUGAGUGAAAGAAAAAAACCGUUACUUUUUUGUUAACAAUUUAAAAAACCAAAUUGAAUUGAUUAUUAACGUUAUAUUUUUCAAAACCGUUAAUGCGUUGAUUGUUUAAAAAUACAAAACUGCUAAAGACGCGUGUGUCUUAUGUGGUGUUAACAGUUCAGCUUAAAGCAAAUCAAAGAAAAAAUAAUAAAAAAAACUGCAUUUAUUUAAACUUCAAAUUCUUCAAAAUAAACUUAAAACAACAAUAAAAAAAUAUUUAUAUUUUUGUAAUAAAUUUUAUUUAAAUAAUAAAAACAACAACAACUAAAACACACAGUCAUGGAUGUAUCACAUGAAUUGGGAGCAUUACGUUUUGUUGUGGACUCUCCUCUAUCCUCUAAGGUCGCCAUGUUUAAUCAACAUGUCAAUCAACACAAACAAUCACAACUUUUAAAUCCAUUUUCUAAUCCCGAUGGCAGAUCAUCACCCAAGCCCACAUUUUCCAAAGAUGAAUAUGGCAAACCUUUGGCGGGUAGUUUGACCGAAAUGCGAGGACAGAAAGCUAAUAUACAUGUUCUUAAGGAAAUGUUGGAAUUGUGUCAAAUUAUCGAUUCAGAGGGUUAUGAUGUUAAAGAUGAACCCUCCAUGCGUGUUAUACCAUUUGGAGAGUUAUUUAAUAUUUACAAUUACAUUUCCGACAAAGUUGUGGGCAUACUCUUGAGAGCUCGCAAACACAAACUGGUGGAAUUCGAAGGUGAAAUGUUAUUCCAAAGACGUGACGAUGAUGUGCCAAUUUUCUUGAUAAAGCCCAUACAUGAAAUUCGACGCGAUAUGGAGAGUAAAAUUGAGAGUAUUAAAAGAUGUGGCAGCCCAGCGCCACAGGCAACAUCUGUGCUAUUGGAUAAGAAAGCUCAUGGUUUAGAUGUACCUUCACCUAGGAGUUCAGUGUCAAGGACACCAUCACCACAAACCUCUAAGGCAGGAACACCAGCACGUGAAGUUAAACCAAAAGUAGCCGAGACACCAGUUGCCACAGAAACAACCAAGAUACAAAUAAGUGAGGGUUCUGCUGAGGCUAAGAAGACUGUAGAAGUGGAGAAUAAAGUUCAAGAAACUGAAAACAAACCAGUGGAAAAAGUAAGUGCUCCAACAGAAGCAGUAGCCACACAACAAGCACCACAGCCAACAGAAGUUAAAGAAGAAACAAAAUUACAGGAAGUAGAGGCAAAGGAAUCUAAUCCAACAAAUACAGUUGAGACACCAGCUCCAGCCACAGAUAUCAAGACCGAUGUUAAUAAUAACGACGAUUUGCCCACUAUUGUUAUAGAAGCUACUGCAGUUUAUCAUGGUCCUAGCAAAACUGUGGAAUCCUCUCAAAACGCUGCCCCUGUCGACAACACCAACACCACCACCAUCCCCUUAACUAGCGAUUCAGAACCUAAUAGUGCAAUAGUUACAAGUGCCCCCUCAGAAACUGUUGCCAGUGCUUAAGCUAUUAAUUUUUAAGUUUCUUAAUUUAUUUCAAAUCAUAAAAAAACAUUAGUUUUAAAUUAAAAAUUAGUGACAAGACGUCUCAAUAUGCAACCUAACCUAACUUUAAUUUUUUUUGGGUUUU